UUGUCGACCCUUUCCAGGAAGCUGAUUCAGUAAAGAUGAGUUUCUUAGCUAAGUUCAAGAAGAAAUCUGGAGCUACUGUGAGCAAGACUCCUGCCACAACAGAGCCCCCUCAACUCCAGCCAGAGGUCCCGGCCACUCAGAAGGAAUACACACCGCCCCCUGAGCCACCAAGUCCUGCUCAUGCUGUGGAGAUAGACUCCAUCUUCACUGGGUUAAAACUCAGCGCACAAGUAGCCUCCAAGGAAGGAGACGAAUCACCUUACCUGCAGAGGAACAUCUCCCCUCGGCCUGAGGACGCUCCCGAUGACUCUGAAGACGCCCCCUCAUCGUUCUCAUUCCUGAAACAGGACCCACCACCUGACCAGAGUCCAGAGGUCGAGAGGUCACCGUUUGGCUUCAUCAGUGGCUCACAGGAAACGACACAGGAAGAGCCCUCAGGGUUUUCUUUUAUGCAAAAGUCACAUGAUACUGAACAGGAGUCACGUGAUACAAAGCAAGGAACACUUGGCAUUGAAUCUCAAUCACAUAACAUCGAAUCUCACCCACAUGUACAACCUCCCGAGAUCAUCACAGAGCCGCAAGAUCCUCCAAUCAAGUCACAUGAUAAAGACACCAAGUCACAUGAUGUGAAGCAGCAUAGUCCAGCAACUAAAACCCCUCAAAAACUCGCCCCCACUUUGGUAAAAAAGAAGAAAAAGAAGAGAGCCGUGCGUCCAGGUCAUGCUUCAAAAGAGGAGCCCCACGAAAGUGAUUCAAUUUCACUGAAUAGUCAUACCUCUUCUCUGGACAGUUCUCAGUAUGAUGGUGUCCCAAUGUCCCCGGAUCGAGUGUUGGACGUCACCCAGUCAUGUGACCAGCACGUGGAACAGCUGGUGGAUAUAGACUCUAACGACCUAAUCUCCAGUACAACUGAUGAGAAAAUAUCUCUAACACAGGAGGUACCUAAGGAAAUAAUGGAACCUUCGAACACAACUCAAGAAGAAAGUAAGGAUAAGAAAGAUUCAGAAGUUACUGAAGAGGUGGAUGAUAACACUAAAAGCAAAGACACUACAGGAUCAAAGCGAGAGGGUUCAGAAAUGGCGGUACAAGAUGAAGCCACAACUAAAGCUGCCUCCCCAGAUGAGGGCCUGAGUGAAGAGCUGGCUCAAGUGUUCUCUCAGAGGCCCAACUACUCUCUGGAACUGAGUGCCAGAGACACACUCACUGUACUGCUGGAGGGAUUUGAGAGUGGACUGGCCGGAAUAAGAAGUGGGCAGUCUGUUGAGGAGCUCCGCUCAGCUGUGGCUGAUGCCGUCUCCAUUGCUCGUGGUCAGGUAGAGAAGAGGAAGUUAGCGGCUGUGCUGAGGAGUCAACAGAGCCAGGCACUCACUGACGAGGACUAUGAACUGGCAGAGCAGCUUCAUCAGCAGUUGGAGGAGACCAAGCUCACUCAAGAGCACCAUAUCACAGCCACUGCACUCGAGGCUGUCAGUCGAUGGCUGGUCCAGUGUCAGGAGACUGACGAGAAUGAGAUCACAUUUAGAGGGGAUAUGCAGUCCAAGAUGGCCGCCCUACAGGAGGAGCAGACGAAUGCUUUGGCUCAGCUGGACAAAGAGCACGCUUCACUGAUUGCAAAAGACAAGAUGAAGCUGCAGGCGAUGGAGGACACUCUGGAGAGGGAGAAAGGUCAUAUAGCUCUGGACAGGGAGCACUUGGAGCGACGGGAACAUGUGCUGAGUGACGAGGUUCAUCGGAGGGCAGUCGACUUCAUCUCCAGGAAACACUCGCUAGAGGAAGAGCUCACCACUGUCAAGGAUGAGAUAGCUAGUCUGGAAGAGAAGCUGGCCUCCCUAAAGGCACAGGAGACCUCUAUAAUCGGGUUCAUCACAGAGCAGGAGGAGAAGAUAACCAGUAUAGAGGAGGAGCUGGCUACAGAGAAGAGUCAACUGACAGAGGAGAUGGACGCCAUUGCUGUCAAGGAAGAGGAACACGCCAAACAGCAGGAGAAGCUAGUGGAGGAGAAGGCUAGUCUGGCGUGCUCCCACCAGGAGCUGAGCACCUCCAGAGAGGGGCUGGCUAACCUGGUAACACGAGCACAGACCGUGACCGAUGAAUUCGAGAGGAAAGUGGCGGGACUAAAGAGAGCUAAGGCAGAGACUAAUGGUCUGCUCAGUUUGGAUGGGGAGGGGAGGACCUUGCUCAUACCAUCCGACAAACUCACACGGCUCUUGGAGAGGGUCGGGGAGAGUUCCUCCAGUGUAGACUCACUGACGAGUGGCGUACUCUCCACUCAGAGUGAGCUCAGUGCCCAGAGGAAGGAGCUCUCUGAUCUGGAGGCACAGGUCCCACAACUCAACGAUGCUAAGAAGACAGCUGUCACAGGUCGUCAGUUCAAGGAGGCUGCAAGGAUUGCCAGUGAGGUGAAGACCAUCACUGGCCGAGUGGAGGAGGUCAAACAACAAAUAUCAGACAGUGAGACUAAGUUGGCAGGGCUAAACAAAGAGCUGACUCAGCACAGUGAAGAGUUGGAGGCAGUAAAGAACGAAGCUGAUGCUCAAGAAAAAGAAGAAGAUAAAGCACAUCUGACUGCUUUGCUUGUCAAUCUGAGCAAACUUCGAGAGGUGAAAGGUCAACUGGACUCCAGCUCACUGUCAGAAGUGGUGGGACAAUGGGUGGAGCUAUACAGCUUACUAGCGGACAACUUAGCAGUCAAACAUGUCUGGAAAUUGAAAGAUUUUACACCAGUGCCCUCCGAAGAUUCAACAGCGGAACCAACAGUUGAAAAAGUCCCUUUAGAAGAGGAGCGUACUCCGGGGGUGGGGCGGGAGGAGGUGACCACACCCACUAAUGAGGAAAUAGCGGUUCUGGAGAAACAGAUCGAGGAGGCGUGUGAACUGGAGAACUAUGAUAAAGCUGCUGAACUGGAGGAGAAACUGACACUAUUGAAGGCAGGAGCCAAAACUCAAAACUAGCUACAGUAGCUAGUCUUGUUUAAAACUACAUUUAUGCAUCUCAGUUUGUCGUGAAAACAACAUUAUUUUUAUUAUUUUGUGUGAUUUUCAAUAAAUAAGAAUUGUUUUACAAAGCUGGA